UAUAACCAGAAUUAGCGGACAAACAAGACAAACAAAACAAACAAUUUCCGUACUUUGCAGGUACAACAUACUUGUUUCAAUAUAGUAAAGUAAUCUUGUUACUGCAAAAACCUUCACAGGGCAUGGGCUCUGUCAUUUCUCAGUAAUUGAAGGCGCGCUUCUUGAAUAUUCACAUCACUUUCCACAUUUCCCCCAUAUCGGUAUUCACAAUGAAUGCCACAGCAGUCGCGAAACCUCUCAGGGGCUUCUUGGCUAUUUCACGACCUGCAGUCUCGUCCAUAUCCAAACCGCAGAGGCAACGAUUGUACUCGACUCACCCACCAAAUGCAAGGCUCAACGUACCGAUAGAUUACUCGACGACCCCUCUCCUCGCCCACAGCUCCCAGACGGCGCUUAGCAACCCGGAAUUGUCGCCCGAGGUCAGGAAUGGCGCUACCAAGCGCAUGAACCUCUUUCAGGCCAUCAACGAUGCCCUCUCAACAGCCCUCGCUGAGGACGAGUCAGUGAUGCUUUUCGGCGAGGACGUUGCCUUCGGCGGAGUCUUCCGCUGCUCCAUGGGUCUCGCGGAAAAGCACGGGGGGGAGCGGGUCUUCAACACGCCGUUGUGCGAGCAGGGUAUUAUGGGAUUUGCUAUCGGCAUGGCCGCCGAGGGGAUGAGGCCAGUGGCUGAAAUACAAUUCGCCGACUACGUCUUCCCGGCAUUUGACCAGAUGGUCAACGAGGCCGCCAAGUUCAGGUAUAGAGAUGGCGCCAACGGCAGGAGCGCUGGAGGCUUGACUGUUCGCAUGCCAUGCGGGCUGGUCGGCCACGGUGCACUCUACCACUCGCAGAGCCCCGAGAGCCUGUUUACGCACAUACCCGGCUUCCGAGUCGUCAUGCCGCGGUCACCGGUCCAGGCCAAGGGCCUCCUGCUCGCCGCGAUCAAGAGCAACGAUCCCGUUGUGUUCAUGGAGCCCAAGGUGCUGUACCGUGCUGCCGUCGAGCAGGUGCCGGUGGCGUCGUACACGCUGCCAAUUUCCAAAGCCGAGGUCCUAAAGGAGGGCAAGGACCUUACCAUUAUCUCGUAUGGCCAACCGCUGUACAUCUGCCAAAAUGCAAUCGCCAUGGCAGAAAAGGAUCUGGGUAUCAGCGUCGAGUUGAUCGAUUUGAGAACCAUCUAUCCAUGGGAUAAGGAAUGCGUCUUUGAAAGCGUCCGCAAAACGGGCAGGGCCAUCGUCGUACACGAAUCCAUGAUAAACCAAGGAGUUGGAGCCGAGGUUGCGGCGAGCAUCCAGGAAGAUGCCGAUACGUUCAAUAGACUCGAGGCUCCGGUCGAGAGGGUUGCUGGAUGGAGCAUACCCACGCCUCUGGCUUUUGAAAAGUUCAAUGCCCCAGAUGCUUCCAGAGUCUAUGACAGGAUCAAGAGAGUUAUGGAGUAUUAGGCGUAGUGAAGACGACGGGCUCUUUCAGUUCAAAGAUGCAACGGUCUAGUUGGUGGCAGAAAAGAAUCCAAUCUCGUUAUGGGUCGUUUUUAUUGCCAUAUUACAUCGUAGCGGGUCCAUUCCCGGGGUUCAGGUCUUCCAUCCUUACAUUUGCAAAACUACAGCGUUCAUAUCUGCUCGAUACCAGUUAGCAUGAGCCUUUGCAUCCGAAUACCUGUGUUCGUUUUCAUGCCACUGGUAAUCUUGACGGAAUUUGGACUGACGGCAAACCAAAAUAAAAAUCCAAACCAAAGUUAAGACUUCCGAUACA